UUUGCUAUGUUUGCCUGAUAUUCCGUUUCCCCAGAGAAUUUAAUGCAAGCGCUUUCAUUUGCUGGAGAGACCGCAGGGACUCUCACUUGCCUCAAGAAAUAUCCGACGGAGUCACAGCGUGCCUGAGAAGCCGGCAGGAUGACUUCGAGGUCUAUGCAGCUUGGCGGUUACGGUAGGCGCUGGAUGCUCCAGCGGCUGCCGUUGCCGGCUGUUGUUCGGAUACGUACCUUUUCCUCCUCGAGAGCGUCCUUGCAAGAGGUCUUCCACUCGCAGCUGGAGGAUGCGACUUCCUCCGCUGUUUGGACUUCUAUGAAGUCGUCCAAGGCGGUGCCUCAGACUCUGACGGAAAAGAUCGUCCAGAAUUUCUCCGUUGACCUGCCCAAGGACAAGUUCGUCAAGUCGGGAGACUAUGUGACGAUCGCGCCCUACAAGUGCAUGACCCAUGACAACUCGUGGCCGGUUGCGCUCAAGUUCAUGUCCAUCGGCGCGUCGAAGCUGCACAACCCUGAGCAGAUUGUGAUGACUCUUGACCACGAUGUGCAGAACAAGAGUGACAAGAACCUCCAGAAGUACAGACAGAUUGAAGAAUUCGCAAAGAUGCAUGGCGUCGAAUUCUAUCCGGCAGGCAGAGGCAUCGGACAUCAGAUUAUGGUCGAAGAAGGAUAUGCCUGGCCCGGAAGUCUGGUGGUCGCCUCGGACAGUCACAGCAACAUGUACGGAGGAGUAGGCUGUCUGGGUACGCCAAUUGUCAGAACAGAUGGCGCCAGUAUCUGGGCAACUGGUAAGACAUGGUGGCAAAUUCCUCCUGUUGCAAAGGUCACCUUCAAGGGGGUUCUGCCCCCCGGUGUGACCGGAAAGGAUGUCAUUGUUGCUCUCUGCGGUCUUUUUAGCAAGGACGACGUCCUGAACCACGCCAUCGAAUUUACUGGUUCUGAGGAGACGAUGCGCAGUCUGACGGUGGAUGAUCGCUUGACCAUCGCUAACAUGACUACCGAAUGGGGUGCCCUGUCUGGUCUGUUCCCGAUUGAUGGUGUCCUGAAGGGAUGGCUCAGGGCCAAGGCUACCACCGCAGCCAUGGGCCUGGCCAAUGGCCCUUACAAGUCGUUGGCUGCUCAGCGCUUCACUCAUCCUCUGUUGGAGCAGCUGUUCGCCAACCCUCUUACGGCUGACAAGGGAGCCAAGUACGCCAAGGAACUCUUCCUGGACCUUUCCACGCUUUCUCCCUAUGUUUCUGGUCCUAACUCUGUUAAGGUGGCAACCCCUCUUAAUGAGCUAGAGGCACAGAACAUCAAGGUGAACAAGGCGUAUCUGGUUUCGUGCACAAACUCCCGCGCUUCUGACAUUGCAGCGGCCGCCAGAGUCUUCAAGGAUGCUGCUGCCAAGAAUGGCGGCAAGAUCCCCAAGAUUGCUGAUGGCGUACAGUUCUACAUUGCAGCUGCUUCCUUGCCUGAGCAGAUUGCCGCUGAGGAUGCCGGUGACUGGCAGACUCUGCUCGAGGCUGGUGCAACCCCUCUUCCUGCUGGCUGCGGCCCGUGCAUUGGGCUUGGAACUGGUCUUCUGGAGCCCGGAGAGGUCGGUAUCAGUGCGUCUAACCGUAACUUCAAGGGCCGUAUGGGCAGCACAGAUGCGAAGGCCUAUCUCGGCAGCCCUGAGGUCGUCGCGGCUAGUGCGUUGAGCGGAAAGCUUAGCGGACCUGGCUGGUACCAGCGACCUGAGGGUUGGACCGAGGUCGUCCGGGGAGAGGGUGACGGUAUUCGGGAGGAAGACCGCAUGCUUACUGCUGAAGAAGCGCUGGAGAAGGUCAUUGGCCAACUGGAUGAACUGGUCGCUGACGGUGAGAAGCGCUUCGCUCCCCAAGAUGCCCCUGAGGCUGCUGAAGAGAACGACGGAGCCCUUACUGAGGUCUACCCUGGCUUCCCUGAGCGCGUCUCUGGCGAGAUCGUCUUCUGCGACGCUGACAACAUCAACACCGAUGGUAUCUACCCUGGUAAAUACACCUAUCAAGACAAUGUGCCUGUGGAGACGAUGGCUCAGGUGUGUAUGUCAAACUAUGACCCGGACUUCUCCUCGAUCGCAAAGGAGGGUGACAUCCUGGUCUCUGGCUACAACUUCGGCUGUGGUAGCUCCAGAGAACAAGCCGCUACCGCUAUCCUCGCCAAGAAGAUUCCGCUUGUCGUUUCCGGUAGCUUUGGCAACAUCUUCUCCCGAAACAGUAUCAACAAUGCUCUUAUGGGCCUUGAGGUUCCCCGCCUGGUUAGCCGUCUCCGAGAGACCUUCUCCGCAAAGAAUGAGGCUAAGCCUCAGGAGAAGCUGCUCACCCGUCGCACUGGCUGGACCCUGACCUGGGAUGUGCGCAGGAGCCGUAUCGAGGUCCAGGAAGGUGAAAAUGGACCAAAGUGGACCCACAAGGUCGGCGAGCUCCCGCCUAACGUUCAGGAAAUCAUUGCCAAGGGUGGUCUGGAGAAAUGGGUCAAGAACGCGAUUAGUGCGUAAUCUUCUUACGACUGGUUCGCAUCAGCUUGAUACCCGGCACCAUGCAUGAGUCCAUUUUUCUUAGUCUGUUGGUAAAUAUCUCUGGCUAUAAUCAUAUCAGGAGAGAAUACCUGGUAUAUACGAUUGAGUAUUGCCUCGCUUCAGUUCAUUUUUGUGUACAAAUCAGUGCGGGCGUUUGUUUAGAGAGAGAGAUAUAAAAAAGCAUUGUACUGUAUGAUCAUGUUGUUAUUAUAUUCCAUUUAUAGAAGAGCAGGAGUUCGAUUAGAUGAGACAUUCCUCUGCAUCUGUAUUAGAGAUGACUUCAUGGUGUGUUUCCUAGACCGAUGAGACUUCGGAGUAGAAUUGAUGUAGACUAUCCAAACCUAAACAUAGUAACAAUCUAC